AUCUAUAUAUGCAAUGAAAUCAUCUCCAUCUUCACCACCACUUCCUUCCAAAUAGCCACCUCAAUGGCCUGGAUAUGGAUAACACUUGCCUUUGCAUUGAUUGCUCAUUUCGUAUUGCGAGCUUUGCUAUGGAAAACACGGAGCAAGAAGAGAUUACCUCCUGGUCCAAGAGGGUUUCCGAUUCUUGGAAACCUCCCUUGGUUAGGACAAAACCCUCACCAUGAUCUUCACAAGUUAGCUCAAAAUUAUGGACCCCUCAUGUACUUGCGCCUCGGGUUCGUGCCCACAAUCGUCAUCUCAUCACCCGAAGUGGCCGAGCAAUUCCUCAAGACCCAUGAUCUUGUCUUCGCGAGCAGGCCGCCUAAUGAGGCCUCAAAGCACAUCUCUUAUGAGCAAAGGAGCUUGGCAUUUGCACCGUACGGUCCGUAUUGGAGGAACAUCAGAAAGAUGUGCACUUUGGAGCUCCUUAGCAAUGCAAAAGUUAAUUCGUUCAAGUCCAUGAGAAGAGAGGAGGUCGGCUUGUUUGUGAGUUUUCUCAAAGAUGCGUCUCACAACCACACGGCCAUCGACUUGAGCGCGAAGAUCUCGUCACUAAGUGCCGAUAUGAGUUGUCGGAUGGUCUUCGGGAAGAAGUAUAUGGACAAGGAGUUUGACGAGAGAGGGUUCAAGGCCGUGAUUCAAGAAGGGAUGGUGUUGGCCGCGAUACCAAACAUCGGUGACUAUGUUCCUUAUUUAGCAUCAUUUGAUCUUCAGGGGUUGACGAAGCGCAUGAAAGCCGUGAGCAAAGUGUUUGAUGCCUUCUUUGAGAAGAUUAUUGACGAGCACUUGAAGUCUAAGAAAGAGGAAGGAGAGAGCAAAGAUUUUGUUGAUGUCAUGUUGGGUUUCAUGGGAUCGAACGAGGGAGAGUACCAUAUCGACCGGCCCCAUAUCAAAGCCGUAAUUCUGGACAUGUUGUCGGGUUCGAUGGACACUUCAGCGACAGCAAUAGAGUGGGCAAUCGCCGAACUUAUAAAACAUCCUAAUGCAAUGAGAAAGCUCCAAGAUGAACUAGAGAGAGCAGUGGGACUGAAUAGAGCAGUGGAGGAAUCAGAUGUAGAGGGCUUGGACUACUUAGACAUGGUCAUCAAGGAGACCAUGAGACUUCACCCGGUGGCUCCACUUUUGCUUCCCCAUGAGGCAACCGAGGACUGCACAGUGAACGGCUUCCACAUACCACGCAAGUCAAGGGUCAUCGUGAAUGUGUGGUCCAUCGGAAGGGACCCGAAAGUGUGGACCACUCACGACCCGAAAGAGUUCGUGCCUAAAAGGUUCUUAGGGUCGAGCGUGGACGUUAAGGGUCGUGAUUUUCAGCUCUUGCCGUUUGGGGCGGGCCGUCGAGGGUGCCCCGGGAUGCAGCUUGGCUUGACCGUGGUGCGGUUUGUGCUUGCUCAGCUCGUACACUGCUUUGACUGGGACCUUCCUGGCGGCAUGUUACCAAGCGAGCUUGACAUGACCGAGGAGUUCGGGCUCACUACUCCUAGAGCCAAGCAUCUGGUGGUUACACCUAGGUACCGUUUGCACGAGUAAAAGAGAGUUAACUUAUCAAUGAAUGAUUGAGUUCCCAAAAAUAAGUAUGAUGUUAUCAGGAAGUCUCGUGGUGUUAGUUUUAAUACCUAAUGGAUUGCCUAUUGAUUUGUAAUGUAGUAUUGGCUUGAUUUUCCAAGUCUCAUUUUCCUCUGAAUGAAAUUCAAAUAAAGGAUUUUGAGA